UUUUCCCUCUUUCCCUGGGUUGCAGCUGCGUUCCCAGCGCCAAGAGCUGGCUGGAGCGAGGAGGGGGGGAAGGUUGAGGAGGAACGGGAGCGCUUCGUGGGCAAAAAGAGUCCUGCACAUCACAACUUCUUCCCGAACAUCUUUGAGAUCCUGAGCUGUGGUUGCCUCUCCUCCCCAGACCACCUGCAAGGGCUGGAUUAUGCUUGUCACGUUCUCCCUUUGCUUCAUCAUCUGGUUGAAUCGUGGCUUCAAGUUACGGGAACGACGGGGCUGUACUUAGGGCCCGGCUGUUCAUGCCAGCGGACCCGGGAGACUUUCACCUUCAUGCAGAGCUCUUGAGAGGGAAGUGGGACAGCCACCUUCAGCUCACCCCUCUCUUCCACUUUUUCCCUCGCCGGUGCAUUUGCUUGGCUUUUUCCAGGGGACUAUGGGGAGCACAGAAGGCUUCCAGUAUCGGGCCCUCUACCCCUACCGCAAGGAACGCAAUGAAGACAUCGAUCUGUUACCUGGGGACACCUUGGUGGUGAGCAAGGGGGCCUUGCAAUCACUGGGCUUUAAGGAUGGAGAUGAGCAGAUGCCGAACCAGAUUGGCUGGAUUUUGGGGGUCAACGAGCGCACCAAACAAAAGGGGGAUUUUCCAGGCACCUAUGUGGAAUAUGUGGGGCCAGUGAAAAUCUCUCUCCCGUCCCAUCGUCCCAGGGUCACCAGGCCACUGCCCGCCACUCCUGGAACAGGGGCCUCCCACGCUCCAGAGGAACAGGGGGUGACACUUCCAGAACUUUCUGAGCAGUUUGCCCCGCCCGAGGUCGCCCCACCUCUGCUGUGUAGGCUGGUGGAUGUGAUUGAGAAGAAAGGGUUAGACAGCAAGAUGCUCUACAGAACAUCUGGCUCCGAACUAAGGCAAGCACUGAGAACCGGUAAGAACCAGUUCUGCGGGGAGCAAGCGAGGCUGAUCAGAUGGAAGAGAUUAGAGGCUGCAGCAGCAGUGCCUGUAUUCAGAGCUUCGCAGGCCGAGGCAGGGAGGGCAGAAGCAAAGAGAUGAGG